AUGGCCGAGUUCCUGCGCGCGUCGUCCGAGCAGCUCGAAGGCAGCGAGUUCUCGCUGCUCAUGGUGCUGCAGCCCGACAACGUGCGGCAUCGCGUGACUGUGACGGCCGAGACGACGAUCGGGAUGCUGCGCAAGAUGCUCUGCGCCGACCUGCAGCUCAACGCGGAGCUCGUGAGCUUCCCAGAUCUUCGAGGACCACGUGAAGCGGACCAGAAUGAAGACGAGUUGCCUCUCUCAGCGUACGGUUUGCCUAGUGGCAGUGCAGAGUGCACCCUCGAAGCGUACGUCGCGAGACCGCCCACAACGAGCGACUACGUCAUGCCAGAGCGCAUACACGUGCAGGUCUACAACGGCGACACGAGUAUCAUUACUGUGGAGAUCGAGAAGUUCACAGGCCAUAAGCCCUAUCUCGGAGGCUUUAGACACCGCAAAACGCAGCAGCAUUUCCAUCACGCAUCUACUCAGACUAUCCUAUCGCGCGCAAGACGCAACAUGGGGCCACCGCGAUUCCACCGUGAGACGCAGACGCAGGAGCUUGUGACUCGUUCAUUGCAGACGCACCGCGAGUCGGGCACGCAGAUGUCUCGACGUGAUCUCAAGCUGGACGAAUCCUUCGACCGUCACGUCACUGCGCGGCCGUACUUCGACUCCUAUCAGCUCGACAGUUUGCGUGAAGACUCGGUGCUGCUCAUGCAGCGUCUGUGGCGCGGGUUUCGCGCGCGAUUGUACGUCUUCAACAUCCGCGAGCAGCGUCGUCGCGUGAGUAAACUGGCGGAGAUCGAGGCACAGGAGAACGAAGCCGAAGACGUGAACCGCCAGCGGCGUGAAGUCAACCGACGGAUGCAUCCCAACACCGUCAGUGACUUUGAAGUGCUAUAUAACGAGCUGGACAAGUGGAGACAGGUGGAGUGUCGGAAGGUCCGAGAGCAGAGAGAACUGGAUCCGACCGAGAGACAGCGCGCGCUUGAUGCGAUUUUGGCCAAGGAGACCAAGCUGCUGCAGACCAUCGACCGCCUCAAGCUCACAGCCACCGACGCCAACCGCAAGCAGCGCAUCGAAGCCAUGUUGCAGUUCAUGGCGCAUCCCAAGCAGUGGCAGAUGAGCGACGGCGGCAUCAAGGAGGUGCACACGCCCUUCACUGUGCGGGCUAAAGAGCUCAUGGAUCUGUACCACGGACUGCGCACGCCCCUGAGCUCCGUCGAUGAGCGCCUGGACAUGCUGCUGCACAUCAAGUGGACGGUGCAGGAGUUCGACUGCGCGCUCACCCGCGAGCUCGUGGAGCUCAUCGAUCGCGAGGCGGAUAUGCUGAGUCGUGGACGGAAGGAGAAGAGCCUCGAGGGACUACGCAAGAGGCUGACAAAUCUGUUCCUGCAGUUCAUCGAGACGCCAGAGUUCAAUCCAGAAGCCGCCGCGCUCAAGCACGCCCGCGCUUAA